AGGUUUCCAGUAAUUAUCUACAGGAAUCGCCAUGACCCCAGCUCUGAGGGAAGCAACAACAAAGGGUAUCUGCUUUUCAUCUUUGCCAAGUACCAUGGAGUCUGACAAGUUGCUAUGUAUGGAAAAUCCAAGAACUGUAGAUAAAAAGCUAAAGGGAGACACCUUUUCUCAGAUGCUGGGAUUUCCAACUCCCGAACCUACUCUUAAUUCUAAUUUUGUGAAUUUAAAACAUUUUGGCUCCCCUCAGUCUUUAAAACAUUAUCAGACAGUUCUUUUAAUGAGUUCUAAUUCUACAUUAAAUAAAUACAGUGAAAAUUAUAAACAAAAGAAAUUAGGGGAGCCCAACUGCAAUAAACUGAGAAACAUACUGUGUAAUGGCAGCAACAUUCAGCUCAGUAAAAUCUGUCAUUCUCAUUCUGAAGAGUUCAUCAAAAAGGAACCGCUGUCAGAUACCACAAGCCAGUGCAUGAAAGAUGUCCACGUUCUUUUGGAUUCAAAUAUAACCAGAGACACUAAUAUAGAUAAAGUACAACUGCCAAACUGUAAAUGGUAUCAAAAGAAUGCACUUUUGGAUAAAGUUACUGAUGCUGACAUUAAAACGACCUUGUUGCACUGUGCUCAAAAGAAAUUUGGAACUGGCCACUCAGAUGUGCCUGUAAGUUCUUCAGUUGCUGAAGAAGAGGAGGAAGUAAAUGCUCGUUUACUUCAUUGUGUAAGCAAACAGAAAAUUUUACUCAGCCAGGCUAGAAGAACUCAGAAACACUUGCAGAUGCUAUUGGCAAAGCAUGUUGUUAAGCACUAUGGUCAACAAAUGAAAUUUUCUAUGAAACAUCAACUCCCAAAAAUGAAGACCUUUCAUGAACCUAUAACAAUUUUGGGUAACAGUUUACCUAAAUGCACUGAAAUUAAACCAAAAGUCAACAUAUUGACUGCAGAAAAUAAAUUGUGGGAUGAUACAAAAAAUGGCUUUGCACAGUGUACAGCUGCAGAAAUCCAAAGAUUUGCACUAUCUGCUACAGGGUUGUUGUCUCAGGUUGAAGAGGGUCUGGAUUCCGAUGCAACUGAUAGCAGCUCUGAUGACGAUUUGGAUGAAUAUACCAUUAGAAAAAAUGUGGCGGUUAACUGUAGUACUGAAUGGAAGUGGCUUGAAGACAGAGCAAGAGUUGGCAGCAGAUGGACUUGGCUUCAAGCCCAGAUUUCAGAGCUGGAAUGCAAAAUCCAACAACUAACAGACAUUCACAGGCAGAUCCGCGCCUCUAAGGGGAUAGUGAUCCUAGAAGAAUGUCAACUUCCAAAAGACAUUUUGAAAAAACAAAUACAAUUUGCAGACCAAGCAACUUCGUUAAACACUACAGGGAAUCCUCAGGGUCCCCAAGAGUGUCAAGAUCCUUUACCAGAACAAGAUUUUGAAAUGUCACCAAGCAGCCCUACUUUACUUCUUCGAAACAUAGAAAAACAGAGUGCACAGUUGACUGAGAUCAUCAACAGUUUGAUUGCCCCUCUCAACUUGUCCCCAGCUUCAUCACCCCUCUCCUCCAAAUCCUGCAGCCAGAAAUGUCUGGCUAAUGGCAUUUCCAGGAGUGCUUCAGAGAACUUAGAUGAGCUGCCGUCCUCCAGCAGCUGGUUUCUUAACCAGAAGCACAGUAAGAAAAGGAGAAAAGACAGGACGAGAUUGAAAUCUCCAUCCUUGACUGUGACGAGUACAGCAGCCCGAACAAGGCCACUUCAGAGUUUCCACAAGCGAAAACUCUACAGAUUGAGCCCUGCUUUCUACUGGACUCCGCAGACGUUGCCUUCAAAAGAAACAGCAUUUUUAAAUACUACACAAAUUCCUUGUCUGCAGUCACCUUCAACUUGGAGUAGCUGUGAACACAAUUCAAAGUCUCAGCGGUUAAGAGAACAUGUAUCAGAGUUAGAUUCCUCUUUCCAUUCUGUUCUUUCGUUGCCGUCAGAUGUGCCUCUUCAUUUUCACUUUGAAACAUUGUUAAAAAAGACGGAAAUGAAAGGAAGUCUAGCUGAAAAUAAAUUUGUAGGCGACUGUACCAUAUUUCCAUCACCUGUACUUAGUACUUCGCUGAAUCAGUGGAGAAAUGGAUAUUCACCUCCAUGUAAGCCUCAGUUAAGGCCAGAAUCUUCUGCACAACUGUUACAGGGAAGAAAGAAAAGACAUUUGAGUGAAACAGCAUUAGGAGAAAGAACUAAAUUUGAAGAAUCUGCUUUUCAACAGUCAGAACCAGAAUCCUAUAACAAUUAUGCUGCUGUUUCUAAUGUCAACGUUAUCUCAAAGACCCAGAAUUCAUCAUCACAAAAUACUCCGAGACGGAGAUUGAGAAGUGAGAGCUCUUAUGAUAUCGAUAACAUUGUGAUCCCCAUGUCAUUAGUAGCCCCAGCUAAGUUAGAGAAACUCCAGUAUAAGGAAAUACUUACUCCAAGUUGGAGGAUGGUUGUUCUUCAACCUUUGGAUGAAUAUAAUGUAGAUGAUGAGACAGAAGAUCUUUCUGAUGACGUCUUCUCCCUAAGACACAAAAAAUAUGAAGAGAAAGAGCAAGCCUGGUGGUCACAGUGGGAGCAAAGCAAGUGGCACCGAAGAAACAGCAGAGCUUACAGCAAAAAUGCAGAAGGGCAGGACUUGCUUUUCAAAGAAUGCCACAAUGACUUCAGUAGUAGUCAACAGUGCGCUGCCGAAAACCUGCCUGAGCUGUCUUCAGACAGCCAUGAUCUGAGUGCACACGGUUCACCUUCUGUAAAUAAAAGUCAAGAAACCAAGUCUUUGUGGUGGGAACGACGAACUUUUCCAUUGAAGGAUGAAGACAUGGUAACCUUAUUAUAUCAAGAUGAAAAAAAUGAUCAGAUUGAAAGGCCAAGCACAGUCUUCCAUGGUGAAAUCUUCUGUGCCAGUGUACCAGAAAAUGACCACCAUCCAAAAAAGAACACAGAUGGAAUGGAAGAGUACAAAACCUUUGGUCUAGGACUUACCAAUGUUAAAAAAAACAGGUGACGGGGAACAGGUUAAGAAAACUAUAGAAAUGAAGGAAAGACAGAGGGCAGGGAGGCCCUGUUCUGGAUCUGCUGGCCCCUUUGGUCACAAUUCCACAAUUAGAGCAUGUUCUGCAUGUAUUAAUUUUUUAUGCUGUUCAUGAAACAGGCAAGCUAAGUCUCCUUGAACCACAGGAGCAAUUAGCUUUUCAUCUACCAACAAAUGCGAGUAAUUUGUGUUUAUCAUGCAAAUUACAAGCACCAAAAUAUUAACUGCUGCAAUUUGAUGUCAAAUCACAUCACUGGAUAUUAAGACUAUACACUCAAACACACACACACUUGUGCAUCAAGUGACAACUAUUCUUUUUUUUCUAGACACAUGACAAUUCAUUAAAAUUGCCUCUGCAGUAUAUUAGAAUAUACAAAUAUGUGUGUAUAAAAUAUUUAUACAUGUAUACACACACCCUUAUCUAGUUUUACAAAACACUGGCAGUGACCCUCUCCACUUGGAAAUGCAUGUAUAAAUUACCCUAUGAAAUGUAAACUACAGUAUAUAUAAAGCACAAGUUUCCACUGAUAAAAGACACCUAAAAGUCUUGAAUAUAGAGGGAGUUUUUUGUUUUUUAACACGUUUAACCAACAGCAGAAGUUAUUUAUGAAGAUCCUUAUACCAGAUUAACCACAAUACUCUAUUCAAAAUCACUGAUAUCUGUUGGACUAACCACAGGCUAGUUUUUGCUUACUCGUAACAGAAUAAAACAAGCAAAUUCAAGUUAAAUAUCAGUGCAUUUUAAAACUAUCACACCUUUGAAAACUCAACUUGAGUUUUCCCUACUUUACUUUAUAUAUCUCAUGAAGGGAAGAUAACAAUUUAAAAAGAGCAACAAAGUCCUAUCAGUCUAAAACUUUUCAAAAAUGAUCGUAUUUCUAACUAACUAGCAAGGAAUUAGUAACUCUAGCUAAUUUCUAGCUAAUCUAGAAAUACGGUAUUUCUAGCUAAUUUGGUUAUUCGUUGACAUAACUUACUCUCUUCAAAUAAACAUCUACCCUUACUUGCACACUGGUCAAGAAUUAAAAUUUUUCAAAAGACAGUGCUUCAAUAUUGGAUGCUGAAGAGUGUACAUGAAAGAAAAUUCCUUUUCAAGCUAUUAUACCUUUUUUCCUUCUAUGUGAAACUUGAGGGCAGUUUAUAUAUAUAUCACUUUUUGUCAUGUAAAAAAGGUUAUCCAAGUUGUAGUACCCAUAUAACAAAAACUCUUGGCCAUCUGGCCUAGUCUGUGGGAUUUGACACUAAGUUUUGUUAGGGAUUGGAAAUUAUACUGGUCCCUUUACUGACAAACAUUUGCUUAUGGCUUUACUGUACAUUUAUUUUUAAAGAAAAAACAAAAGCCAGACAAGCCCAGUUGUCCUGGCAAAUCAAUGCAAAUCUUUGUCAUGUCUGAUAUUACAAUCUAUGUAAGUUUUUUAAUUAAAGUUAUUUCUAUA